GAAAAACAAAGGAAAACGGAAAGAAAAUUCGCUUGUCUUUGGAAAAAGCGGAGGAAGAAACAACGAAAGAAAGUGAACGCCUGGGAGAUUGGGUAGAGUUGAGCCAAGCGUCACUCCCCCUUUCCCCCCCUUUCCUCCAAUUUCGCUCGCUCACUUAAUACGACACAAAUCAUCACUCCAUCUUUCUUCUCACAUCAAUUUCCCAUGUGGGUUUUCGCUCAAAAUCUCAUCUUGUAGAGGGAGUUUAUAAAUAAUUUCUUGGCCAAGUCAAAGGACUUGGACUCUGAUCCGACUUUGCUUGUUCUUCCGGUUGAUUUUGACUUCUGGGGUUUUUCAAGUAUCGAAUUCUCGCAAGAGGUUAAAGAAGGGCACAGCUCCACAGUGAAAGAAUCGGCUCGCAAUUUUGAAGUUGUUGUGAGGCAAAUUUUGGGUCCUCUCCAUAAUAAGAAUCCUGACCUCACAUUGAGCUGAUAAAUUUUACAUUAUUCCGAGCAAUGAGAAAGUGACAUAAAAUCGGGGGUUGUGAAACAUCGAAGUUCGGUGAAGCGAAUGAGAAUGCCUGAAGUGAGUGGGAUGCUGACCUUGAUCUGCAAUCAGUGAUCUAGAAUCCAUCUCGAUUUUUGCGUUUCUCUUAUUGUCAGACAUCCAUUAACAAUAGGCGUGCAAGGACUCUGUUGACAUCUUGGAGGAUACCGCUCAAAAAGGAUUGGCCCCUAAAUCUUGCGUGGAGACCAGUAUUAGUGUAGAGUAUUCAGAACAAUCAUAAAAAUCCAAAUGGCUGAUGCAAGUCCGAGAACCGACAUCUCAACCGACGACACAGAUGAGAAGAAUGAGAGGUUUGACAGGGGUAAAUCUACAGCUAUGGUUGCCUAUGAUUCCAGUGAUAGAUCAAAGGACAAGACCGAUCAAAAGACUCUUCGCAGGCUUGCUCAAAACCGCGAGGCGGCAAGAAAAAGCCGAUUAAGGAAAAAAGCAUAUGUCCAACAACUGGAGAGUAGCCGCUUGAAGCUAACUCAAUUAGAGCAAGAACUCCAGCGAGCAAGACAACAGGGGAUAUUCAUAUCAAGCUCAGGAGACCAAGCUCACUCAGCCGGUGGAAAUGGGGCCAUGACAUUUGACGUAGAAUAUGCGCGGUGGUUAGAAGAGCAAAACCGGCAAAUCAAUGAGCUGAGGUCAGCGGUGACUGCCCAUGCAGGUGAUGGGGAGCUCCGUAUCAUUGUUGAUGGUAUCAUGGCACAUUAUGAUGAAAUCUUCAGGCUGAAGAGUAAUGCAGCCAAGAAUGAUGUUUUCCAUCUCUUGUCGGGAAUGUGGAAAACACCAGCUGAGAGAUGUUUUAUGUGGCUUGGUGGUUUUCGUCCAUCAGAGCUCCUCAAGCUUCUUGUGAACCAGUUGGAGCCACUGACAGAGCAGCAGCUGACGGGUAUCGGAAACUUGCAGCAAUCGUCCCAGCAGGCAGAAGAUGCGUUGUCUCAAGGGAUGGAAGCAUUGCAACAAUCUCUUGCUGAGACAUUGUGCAGCGGUUCUCUGGGCUCUUCAGGUUCAUCUGGCAAUGUGGCAAAUUACAUGGGUCAAAUGGCCAUGGCUAUGGGAAAGCUAGGGACGCUUGAUGGGUUUAUCCGCCAGGCUGAUAACCUGCGACAACAGACGCUACAACAAAUGAAUCGCUUAUUAACGACUCGUCAGUCAGCUCGCGCGCUCCUCGCAAUUCAUGAUUAUUUCUCCCGACUUCGGGCCCUUAGUUCCCUCUGGCUUGCCCGUCCAAGAGAAUGAAGAGCUCACGGUCUAUGCAGGCUGACAUGUACAUUGGUGAUCUGUAGGAAGCUAUCAGUUUUGAUGUAGUUUCGGAUCUAGAACUGGCUGAUUUCUACUUUGCUUCAGUAUCUAUUUUUCUUUCUUUUGGUUAUAAUUGUUUUUUUUUUCUUUCUUAGACACGAAAUCACAGAGGAUUGGUUGAUGGUAUGUUAAGCUAUCAUAGGUUGGGAUUGGAUUGUUAUCAUUGAGGAUACUGCUAAUGGAGUAGGCACUCCUGUUCAUUAGUCAUCUAAUAAUUGGUGCAACUACUGUUGAAGUUUCUGGAGUGAAUUGGUAAGAUUGUUAGAGGAAGCACUUGGAAUGAUUCUGUUGAUCC